CUUCUUUGCUCUCUCCUCCCUCCCUCCCUAGUCCCUAGUCCCUCCUUUCCUAUCAUCUUCUUCCUCAGUUCUUCUCCUUGUCUGUAAUUAGCGGCAAAGUUGCAAUCAUUCUUAUCCAAAGGCAGGAGGUUUUUGUCAUUUAUUUCUAGACCGAAUUGUAUUUCGAAAAAAAAAUUCUAGACCAAAUUCGUGGGGGCGUCCCACCUGCCAUAUCUCCUUGUAGUGCCCAGGCACCUGCUGCUCCUGGAAGUAUUUCUUGCCUUCUUUCGCUCCGAACGGGUGGGUACUGCUGCUGCUUCUUCUUCCUCCUGUCUCCACCUGACCACCUCAACCUUCCUCCGACCUCCUCGCGCGGCUCUUUUGCUUCGCCUGUUCGGGGCGGUCUUGGCGCCCGCGGCGUCAAAAUUCGAUUUUUGUUGAGGUCUUCGGGACAAAGGUUGGUUUUUUGGUCGGGAUUAUUCGUGGCUACAGGAACCUGUGGCCUAUUUCUGCAUAGUGAUUUCGGUCUGUGCUGUGAGUUUGCUGUGAUUUCUCGCCGCUUCGCUGUGGGACGGAACAUUUUCGUUUCUUGCAAACACCAAAGUGGUGGAAACAGUUCUUCAGGAAGCAGAGAGCUGCUUGGUGGGGAGAUUUGGUUGGAAGGCUUGGUGCUUGCUCCAAUCUUUCUUUGAUGAAAGAAUUGAAUGCACUGAUGCUGGUGACGAGAUCCGAGUCUGAAUAUCGAGUGUGAGAUAGGAGUCUCAAUACGGUGUUCGUAGGACAAAAAUUUUCGUUCGAGGAACUGUCGCUGAGGGGAAAAGAGGUCGAUGGCGUCGCUGUCAGAAAGUGAGGUGACAAAUAGGGGGAGCAUGUGGGAACUAGAUCAAAACCUUGAUCAACCCAUGGAUGAGGAGGCAGGCAGGCUGAAGAAUAUGUACAGAGAGAAGAAGUUCUCAUCAGUUUUGUUAAUACGGCUGGCAUUUCAGAGCCUUGGGGUGGUCUUUGGUGACCUGGGCACAUCGCCUUUAUAUGUGUUCUAUAAUAUCUUUCCUCGUGGAGUAGAUGACGAUGAGGAUGUUAUUGGAGCUCUUUCCUUGAUUAUUUACACCCUCACUCUCAUUCCUCUUCUGAAGUAUGUUUUUGUUGUCUUGAGGGCAAAUGACAACGGUCAAGGUGGUACAUUUGCUCUUUAUUCCCUAUUAUGCCGUCAUGCAAAGAUCAACACCAUUCCUAAUCAACACAGGACUGAUGAGGAAUUGACGACAUAUAGUCGGCAGACCUACGAGGAGAAUUCAGUUGCAGCAAAAAUAAAGAGAUGGCUAGAGGCACAUGCAUAUAAGAGAAACAUUCUUCUUAUUCUUGUUCUCAUUGGUACUUGUACAGCAAUUGGAGAUGGAAUCCUUACUCCUGCUAUAUCUGUUCUUUCUGCAUCAGGUGGCAUAAAAGUUCAGAAUCAGAACAUGAGUACUGAUGUUGUUGUGCUUGUUGCAGUGGUCAUCUUGAUUGGGUUAUUUAGCAUGCAGCACUAUGGCACAGAUAAAGUGGGAUGGCUCUUUGCACCGAUAGUUCUUCUCUGGUUCAUCCUAAUCGGAAGUGUCGGAGCUGUGAACAUACACAAGUAUAAUAACUCCGUGUUAAAAGCAUACAACCCAGUAUAUGUAUACCGGUUUUUCAGACGGAGAUGGAACUCUGACAUAUGGACCUCUCUGGGAGGAGUCAUGCUUAGCAUCACAGGAACUGAAGCAUUAUUUGCUGAUCUCUGCCACUUUCCUGUAUUGGCAAUUCAGAUUGCUUUCACCUUGAUUGUGUUCCCAUGCCUUCUACUGGCAUACACAGGGCAGGCUGCCUACAUUAUUUCCCACAAACAACAUGUGGCCGACGCCUUUUAUCUGUCCAUUCCAGAUGCCAUAUACUGGCCAGCCUUUGUCAUAGCAACUGCUGCAGCAAUCGUUGCAAGCCAAGCCACCAUAUCUGCAACCUACUCAAUAAUAAAGCAAGCUCUUGCACUAGGCUGUUUUCCCCGCGUGAAGAUAGUCCACACCUCGAAGAAAUUCCUUGGGCAGAUUUACAUCCCUGACAUCAAUUGGGUCCUUCUGGUUCUUUGCAUUGCUGUCACUGCCGGAUUCAAGAACCAAAGCCAGAUAGGAAACGCAUAUGGCACCGCCGUGGUUAUAGUUAUGCUAGUUACAACAUUCCUCAUGGUGCCGAUAAUGCUGCUGGUGUGGAAGAGCCACUGGGUCCUGGUCAUCACCUUCAUCGUGCUCUCGCUCAUGGUGGAGGUCCCCUACUUCGUGGCCUGCAUACUCAAGAUCGACCAGGGCGGCUGGGUCCCGCUCGUCAUCGCGACGGCCUUCUUCCUCAUCAUGUACGUGUGGCACUUCUGCACCGUGAAGCGUUACGAGUUCGAGAUGCACAGCAAGGUGUCCAUGGCCUGGAUCCUUGGCCUCGGUCCGAGCCUCGGCCUGGUCAGGGUCCCGGGGAUAGGCUUCGUGUACACGGAGCUGGCCAGCGGCGUCCCCCACAUCUUCUCCCACUUCAUCACCAACCUGCCUGCGAUCCACUCGGUGGUUGUCUUCGUCUGCGUCAAGUACCUGCCGGUGUACACGGUGCCGACGGAGGAGAGGUUCCUGGUGAGGAGGAUCGGGCCCAAGAGCUACCACAUGUUCCGGUGCGUGGCGAGGUACGGGUACAAGGACCUGCACAAGAGGGACGAGGACUUCGAGAAGAUGCUCUUCGACUGCGUCCUCUUAUUCGUCCGGCUGGAGAGCAUGAUGGAGGGCUACUCCGACUCGGACGAGUUCAGCGUGCCGGAGCGGGGGGGUGCCGGCGCGCUGAUGAGCGGCGGCGCGAGCGCGUUCCUGGGCGAGAAGACCUGCAGCACCAUGUGCUCCAACGGCGAGCUGAGCUUCUCGUCGCAGGACUCGAUCGUGCCCGCGCAGUCGCCGCGGCCGCCGCUCAGCAGGGGGAUGACGGACAGCGGCCUGCUGACGACGAGGUUGUCGGCGGGGCAGGCGAGCACGGUGGGCGACGAGCUUGAGUUCCUGAACCGGUGUAAGGACGCCGGCGUGGUGCACAUUCUGGGGAACACCAUCGUGCGCGCGCGGCGGGACUCCGGGAUCGUGAAGAAGCUCGCCGUCGACUACAUGUACGCCUUCAUGAGGAGGAUGUGCAGGGAGAACAGCGUGCUCUUCAACGUGCCCCAUGAGAGCCUGCUCAAUGUCGGUCAGAUUUACUACAUCUGAGAGAUUAACUUCUUCUUCCCUUCCGUGUUCGAAUCUUGUUCUUGGUUCCUGGAUAUGUACAUUCUCUUGUACAGAAUAAGACAAUGGAUUAGAAAACAAUUUCCCCACUUCUCUUCCUGUUCA